AUGGAUAAGAGGCCCGUGCUCGCAUCGAAUAUUCCGGAUUCCUGUCCAACUAUUUACGAAAGCGGAUUCUGUUUCAAGUCGAUAAAUGCGAAUCUUUUCCAAGAGGUGCCGUGCGAAUCUUUCUCUGGAAGUCUCCAGUUGACCUCUCGACAAUGUACCAGCAGUGGAAAUUGGGAGGACAUGGAAAGCUUCGUAAAUAGAAGUCUUCUGCCGGAUUGCUUUACCUUUGACGAAGCAUCUUUGAGCGCAGACUACGACCUUGGAAUCGAGUUGCAAUCAGAAGAGAGUCAAGCAGAGAUUUCAAUCAUUCUUCCACUGAUGCUUUCAAUUUCACUCUGUUCUCUUCUUGCAACUGCCAUCGCGCUCGUACUGAUGCGCUCAUUUCUCAACAUUGAGUCGCCGCGUGUAUUCGUGCACUUCAACCUUUUGAUCGCGUUCUUCUUCCGCUCUGCUGUCUUACUACUCGGUUAUUUUAUAUUGGCUCGCACGAAGACCCGCGCCCACACGUGGGAUGGAAAGAUGCUUGGAGAAGAGGUCUUGCCGUUGACUUAUGAUACCAUCAGGUCGAUAUGUCUGCCAAUUCAGCAGGAGAUUGUUGAUCAGCAGUACAUUGAGCGAUUCUUUAUUGGCAGAGAUUUUCAAUAA